AUGAUGACAUUUAAGACUGGCCUUUUAUUUCUCACAUUCGUAUCUAUAAUUCACUCACAACCGAAUAGUUUAGUGUAUCCAGUCAAUGCAGAAGAUACAAAAAAUUGUUGUUCUUUGUUUGAAAGAAAAUACUCAUUACCCCCAAUUUAUUGCUAUGCAGGGAAUGAUAAAAGUGUACUUAAUAUUUUUCAAACGAUUACGGUGGAUUUAAUAAUUGAAAAAACAGAUGACUUCAUUGUGUAUCAAGCAGCAGAUCAGUAUUUAGUCGAAGAACAAAUGCUGUCUGAUGAGGCUAUAUUAUCUUUGAACAAAAUAAUAUCCUAUGUUUGGAAACGGAAAGAUUUCAAAUUGGAUCCAUUUCAACCAUCUUGUUUUAGUAUCAAAACAAAUGCAGACUUUAAAAUAAUAAUUCACUCUAUUGCUUUAGAUAUUAAGAGACUAGCAAUGUUUAUAGUUGGUAUUUGUCUAUUUGGGUAUUCAGCUCGAUUAAGCCAUAAUUCAUUGUUUUACUACUUAUGUGGAAUUACAGUUGGUGUAACUGCGUCAUUUGUGAUUAUAAUAUUACUCAUCGGUCGUUUAAUUCCUAAGAAAAGAAUGAUGGUUGGAUAUUUAGGAGCAAGCUGUAUGUUAAGUCUCUAUGCUAUUCAGAUGUUGAUGGAGAAUCUCAAUAUGAUAUUGCUGUUAUAUUAUAAGUAUAUUAUGGGGUAUAUUGUUUUUUCUAUGUUCGCCAGUUUUGUGGUUUGCUAUAGAUAUGGACCAGUAACAAAUCCAAGAUCCAUUGACCUCAUAAGAUGGACAUUGCAGUUAAUUGGUUUAGCUUUGGUUACAUCAUGUAGUUUUCAUUUAGAAGCUAUGGUUUUAAUUGAUAUUUUAUGUAUUAUACUCUACUACACAAAGUUUUCACUGCCUUUUAGAUUAUUACCUAAAAGUAAACCAAAACCACGGUUGUUAUCUGAAGAUGAGUAUAUACAACAAUCUUUGAUUGAAACACCAAAAGCCCUCGAAGAACUGCGAAAAUACUGUAAAAGUCCAAAUUGCGAUACAUGGAAGGUUGUGAGCAGAUUACACGACCCUAAACGAUUUGCUGAGUUCAUGGAAACAUCUGCUCAUGUUAGUACAGAAUCAGUCAAUGAACAUGAAAAAGAAUUAGAAGAUUACGAUACAGAGUACAACGAAGAAUCAGAAGAUGAUAGUUUUUCUGACGAUGUACAACAGAUAGACUACACGAGUGACAGCGAAUAA